CCUUACUCCUUCCUGCGCGAGUUUGAUACAGUAUUCCUGGUGGAUGACAGCGGUAGCAUGAGAGGGCGUCGCUGGCAGGAGGCUGCGGAUGCUAUUGCUGCCAUCGCGCCAGUUUGUACCGCACAUGACCAGGAUGGUAUUGAUAUCUACUUCUUAAACUAUCAACACGGAGGAACUGAUCCCAGAACUGGCGCAUAUACUAAUAUCAAGACGGCGGAUAAUGUCCGUGAGAUUUUUUACGGCGUCGAGCCGCGAGGAGCAACUCCGGCUGGGAGCCGUUUGCGCCAAAUCCUGGACCCAUACCUUCGUCGCGUGGAGGCCAUUGCAGCCCAAGGAAGAGACCCUAGCGAGUCUGUGAAACCGCUGAAUAUCAUCACAAUCACAGACGGGGUGUUCACGGACGACGCGGAAAGUGUUAUCAUCAACGCCGCCAAAAGGCUGGAUAAAUGCAAUGCCACACCAUGGCAGGUUGGCCUCCAGUUUUUCCAAGUUGGGGAUGACAAGCACGCACAAGAAUAUCUGCAGAUGCUGGAUGAUGACCUAGGCCACAAGUCAAAGAACGGGGACAUGCGAGAUAUUGUGGACACAGUGCCAUGGAGGGGUGACAAGGGUCAGACCUUGAGCGCGGACGGGAUAUUGAAAUGCGUCCUCGGUGCUGUCAAUCGCAAAUAUGACAAGUGCAACGCGUUCCGCUGACCUACCUUCUGUUUUCUGUUUCGCUUAAAGGCCCCAAUAUGUACAGGACCUUUCAGAUAUUGACGCCUAUUAUAUUUCAUUCAUUAUCGGUGGUUUUCAAACUCAACGGUCUGUUGCAGAUAAAGGAAAUGAGUUUCGAAUAUGUCGCAGCAAGCGCCGCCUAGCCGCCGACAAUUCCGAGCUAGACAUGGAUUUGAUUUGUUCAUGAGCUGAACGCAUUGGCCCUUCCCCCUUCGUUUUUCUCUUUGGCGUUCCUUUUAUGCUUUUCUUAUUCUCCAUUUCUGCUCUAUUUGAAGGACGCUGAGACAGAUUGCAACGAAUGUCU